UAGGUUAAUGCAUGCGUAAUAAAUUGCAAGGGCUUAUAAAGGAGGGAGGAGGAGGAGAACCAAGGCAGAAAAUAAUCAUCAAUCCAGAGAAACAGAGUUGCAGAAAAAAGGUGGUGGCGUCAUCGAGAGGAUCCGCUGACAAAUUGCAGAAAACAUCUCAUGGCAGAGAACGAAAGAUGAGCGAAAAGAAGUGAUAAAUUGUGAGGGAUUUGGGGGCAAAAGCAAAAGGAAAUUGGAGGUUGGGGAAAUCUGUGAAGGGAAUGAAAGAUCAGAUGGAGGUGGAGGUAGCGAAAUGUGAGUGUUGUGGAUUGAAGGAAGAUUGCACACCAGCCUACAUUGCACGCGUUAGGGAGCGUUUCCAUGGCCGCUGGGUAUGUGGGCUUUGUGCAGAAGCUGUGAAGGAUGAGCUCUGUAGAUCAGAGAGGAGUAUAAGCAUGGAAGAUGCUGUCACAGCCCACAGACAAUUCUGCUCGCAGUUCAAUGCUAAUCCGGCUGUGAAUGUUGCCGAGGCGAUGAGGCAGCUGCUACGUCGUAGGUUCGAAUCCUCGCGAGUGUUGCGGCCUACCCAGAGCAGUUCCAGCCUUCCUGUCGCAGAGGAUGUUGGGCGCCCUGCUUCUCUUGGGCGCACUACCAGUUGCUUGUCUUAAGCGGGGGAAUAACAGUUUGUUGUAUGUAUAAUGGGGUUGGGCUGAAUGAUGCCCCUCUGAUGAAAUGGAAAAAUCUGUAGCACUUGUGCAUAUUGAAUAGAAUGCAUCCCUGCAUUUUUCAGUUUUUAUAUGCACUUUGAAUUUAAUGCAUCUGGGCCUUCUUAAAACUGUUGCAGAGAUUGUUGUUAAGAGUAGUUAGGAACAAUGCUCUUGUAGUCUGGACUUUUUUUUCUGAUAUCAUAUAUAAAGAGCUGUUAAGGGCAA